GAUUGCUAAGUACCUGGCUCACUGUGACAAGAACUCAGGAGAGUCUUCUGUUCCCGAGGAAGGGACGGGAGUACAGGGGGACAAAGGAUUGCUAAGUACCUGACUCACUGUGACAAGAACUCAGGAGAGGCUUCUGUUCCGAGGAAGGGACGGGAGUACAGGGGGACAAAGGAUUGCUAAGUACCUGACUCGCUGUGACAAGAACUCAGAAGAGGCUUCUGUUCCGAGGAGGGUUUUUUCUUUCAAGAAGAGCACACAGGGAUGGCUUCUACUGGCUGCCGGACCAUUGGCAGCGAUGAGGAGCCGCAGCUGACCGCUCACUUUAUCCCGCGGAGUGCGUUGGGCUGUCGUUCAGCCCUGUGCCUCGCCCUUAUCCUGCAGCUCUCUCAGUCCCAGCCUGCGAAGCGUGCCGUGCCUCCGCUGGUGCCAGACGAGCCCUUCCUGGUGUUCUGGAACGCCCCGACGCAGCAGUGCCAGUCCCGGCACAAAGCCCCGCUGUCUCUGGAGAGCUUUAAUAUCCUCUCCAACCCAGAGCAGGCCUUCACCGGGCAGCGCGUGGCCAUCUACUACUACGACCAGCUGGGCUUGUACCCUUACUACAACAACCGGAGCCAGCCGGUGAACGGAGGGAGCCCACAGAACAACAGCCUUCGUGAUCACUGUGACAAGAUGGUGGCCGACGUGGAGCGCACCCUGCCACGGCCGCACUUCUCCGGGCUGGCCGUGGUGGACUGGGAGGAGUGGCGCCCCCAGUGGGUCAGAAACUGGGGCAGCAAAGACAUUUACCAACACAAAUCACGGGAGCUGGUGAGGGGGCUGCACCCUGACUGGCCAGCAUACAAGGUGGAGCAGCAGGCGAGCUGGGAGUUCAACGCAGCGGCCCAGCGCUUCUUCACUGAGACCCUCCGCCUGGGCAGGAUGCUGCGACCCCAGGGUUGGUGGGGCUUCUAUCUCUUCCCAGACUGCUACAACCACGAGUACAAGAAGGGCUUCCACAACUACACAGGACAGUGCCCCCCGCUGGAGGUGCAGCGCAAUAACGAGCUGGCCUGGCUCUUCGCGGAGAGUAAGGCCCUGUACCCCUCGGUCUACCUGCCCGAGGUGCUCCAGUCCUCCCCUCAGGGCCGGCUCUACACCAGGGCUCGCCUGCGGGAGGCACUCAGGGUGGCAGACCUGCCCGACUCCGACUCCUCGCUUCCCGUCUUCGCCUACACCCGCCCCUUCUACGCCUACUCUCUGACUCCGCUCACAGAGACAGACCUGGUUUCCAGUAUCGGAGAGAGCGCUGCACUGGGAGCCAGUGGGGUUGUCCUCUGGGGUGGCAUCGACUACUCACGGAACCGGAGCAACUGCCUGAUGCUGAACAGGUACCUGGAGCGCACGCUGGGGCCCUACAUUGUGAACGUCACCACGGCGACCAGGCUGUGCAGCCGGCUGCGGUGCGGCGGGAGGGGACGCUGCGUCCGGAGAGACCCCGCCUCUGACGUGCACCUGCACCUGGACAGCGAGAGCUUCGGGAUCGAGGUGCGGCCGGGGGAGGGUCCCGAGGACAGGAGGGUCAGCGUGAGGGGACAGCUCACCAGGCCGGCCUGGGCGCGCAUGAGGGAGCAGUUCUGCUGCCAGUGCUACCAGGGCUGGAGCGGAGAGGGCUGCGAGCAGCAGGACAGUCUGGGGAUGAGGCCUCAGCAAGGCCGCUUCCUCUUUACUGCGCUCCUGUGUACGGCGCUGAGCUGGCAGCUCUGAGGAGCACCAGGAAGAUCGGCCAGAGAUCCUAGAGAUUCUAAAGACGUCUCAAUGUGUGUGUGUGUUCUCAGAGGUAACGGAUCCACACACGGAGCGCUGUCACAUGUGGCAUCUCAUGUCAGUUCAGGAGCCUCCGCAGUGCUAACAGGGGAAGAACACCCACAUGUGUAACAUACGGAUGCGGAUCUAGUGCAUGUCUACGAUUUGAUUACCUAUUGGUGAUCUGCACACCUGCACUACACUACCUGAUGGGCACAGUCAAUCAUGCUAUUACUCCUGGAUAGCCCACCAGAGCUUGUGACACCUUACCUGUGCCCUGCCGAUUCAUCCAGUCCUGCUGAGAUCCAGUGCUGCUGAGAUCCAGUGCUGCUGAGAUCCAGUGCUGCUGAGAUCCAGUUUCUAAGCCUCGGGGUCGGGGUCAGGGUCGGGGUUUUGGGGGGGGGGGGGUUCUUGCGGUCGUUGAUUUGAAACCCAGGCUCUGCCGACUCUUAACUCUCUUUCUCUAAAUGCUACACCACACUGCCACGCUCAUAAACCUCAAGCCUGGCUCAACUGGGGGCUCGUAUAGUAUAGCUUUAUACAGUAGGACUGCUUUCAUCUACCCCAAACCUUAUGCCUUCAAUCUUGCUGGUCACCCUAGAGAGUGCUGACUACCACUGUGAAAGAAGAUAUACUGCACUGUUACAGAUCACUACAGCUCUGUUGAAUUGCUGCCUUUUCACAACGUGACCUGCUACAGGCAAUUCUAAUACCAGGUGGUAAAGCUGCUCUUUUGUAUUGUAUUUAUUGACCCUUAUAAACGUUUACCAUAGCAAAAGCAUAGCAAAGUGUACUGAAGCACAAAGAGCAGGCAAGUAGGUAAAGAGGUAUGGUAAAGCAUAUUAAUAAACAUGGCAAACCAGGGUGUACUAUGGGAAACGCACAGCAUAACUGUGGGAAAAGCUUGGGGGCGAGAUUAAAAAAAUGCUGUGUAAAAAUACAGAGGUAAACUUUUAUAAGGGAGAGGCCACCAGCAGACCUGAGAUCGUUUUUUCCUCUGGAAGUCUGUCCUUGUGGUUUUUGUGCGCCUUCACUUGUUACUUACAGUCAUUUUUAAAUGGAAUAUUUUCACUUUCAGGAGGGUUGACCACUUGUCUGUGCAGACCAGUUUCUUCAUCCUUUGACUUUCUAGCAUAUUCAUUCUACGAUCCAAUGAAAAAGAACAAAGGAUUUGCCAGAGACCUUUUUUUUUUUAAAUUAAAGGAUGAAAACUUCUCAACGGAGCAAAUUUACAUUUAUUAAAUACUUUGAAAUAUUAUUACAGCAAAAUAAGAAAGAAAUGAGAUAAUAUAAGAUCUAGCUGAAAAUGUUUUGUUUUUCUGAGCCAAUAUAUUCAGUCUCACUGGCUGUCAUCGCUUUGAAAGCUACGAGAGACGUCAAGAGAAAUAAUCAUUUUUAUUUGAAAGAAAGUCUUUUAUAAGGGAGUUCACCUUCAGACAAUGCUCCCAUUGUUAUCACUUGUUAUCAAAAUAAGAGAAAUAUAGGAAUGACUUUUUUGUCCGAGUGAAGUACCGCAUGUGGUGAUGUCAUCAGAGGUAGAUGUGUUUGUGUUGUGCUUUUGUAAACACAGGUGAUGUUGAAACCAAUCACCAUGCAGGAAUGUUGAUAAAAUGUAUAUAUAACAUGUCAUGAUAAACUAGGUAUCCAUACCCAACAUGGACUUGCCUGCCAUUUAACCUGUUUUCUGGUACCAAAGAUUUCGCCUGAGACACACGCGUAUUUCAGAAGUCUAGCUGUGAUUUCUGAAUGGGUAACUCUGAUAAAGCUUCAAUAUACAGUACUACAGGUUUACACAGCAAACACUGCCUCCCAGUUCUCUCACCAGAAGGCAACACUGGCUCCACGCCUCUCAGGUUGAUCCACUUUGCCACACUGCCUCCCAGUGCCCUGAGCUUUAACCACUAAGCCAGCCUUUAACUAUCUCGCGUGCGUAGAGGUGUUUUUUUUUUUUUUUGUUUUUUUUUACUUUUUAACGUCUAAUUUUGAAAAUAUGUGAAUAAAUGUUUUUUUUGUUGCUA